AUGGUGUACAGCUGGUGUGCCUAUUGCCACACGACAGUAAUACCCAGGCUUAUAAAUACUGGCCUUCCCACUCAUACACGGUCUUUCAUCUGCUUCACUAGUGACUCCAAGCAUACUGAAAAUUCCAUUACCAACCCAACCCAGUCUGAUAACAUGGAUUCCACCCAUCUUUGUCCGUACUGCCUUGCUUAUAAAAAUCAUCUUUACGAACAUUCCGGCGCCACCCACAAUGGAAAUUCUGAAUCCAUCUUUGUGAGAAUGAAACAUCUCUGGACGCACAUUGAGCAUGAGCCUAAGAUAACUGGUGCUCAAUGUCAGAAGGAUGAUAGAAGCAGAAAAUUAUACAACACCGCUCACAGCAAAGCGGGUGUUACUCGCCAAAGAUAUGAGACAGCCACACACAAUCUUAUCCUCUAUCAGUCUGAUGAGAUACACAAUCUUAAAACGAAGGUCAUAGAACAUGAGCAAUCUCUCGAUAGUCUCCGAUGGAACUUGGCUUCUGCUAUCAAGCGUAUCUCUGAGCUUGAAAAUAAGACUUUUGGAGCAUAG